AUGGGCGGUGUAGAUCAGGAAAAUGCCGAAUUAGACCAGAAUUCAUCCGAUAAAAGUCAGUUCACUAAAACUUUUUCAUUUAUUCAUUCGACUUCAAUCUAACAAGAAACAUGUAAAAAGCCUUCUGCUAUUUUUUUAAGUUUUCUGGUAACAUAUAAAAUAGCCUUCUUUAUUGCUUUUUUUUCGGGAUUCAGGUGAUAAUUUCAUUUUUUUUUCAACUUUAGUCAAGUUCAAUUGAUAUCAAUAAAACUUCUCGUUUUUCAUGUUGGAAAUUAUCUGAUGUUAAUUAAUAGAGACUCAACCCUUUGAUGAUAAUUCGCUAGCAGACUCAUGAAUGUUUUCAGUCGAUGUGAAAGCGGCCGACUCGGACGAUUUCUUGUUCAAAAAACCGACUCUUCCUGCGUUUCGCAGUGAGUUUCUUCAAAACAUUUUUUAAUCGCUUUAUAAUCUCAAAUAAUCUGAUUUUUCUUUCAAAAUGCGGUUAAAAGUUUUAUCUUCAGAAAAAGCGAAUAUUGAGCAAAAACCUCCUUCUAAGCCGUCAGAAUCCAGUUCAUUCUGGAACCCUUUUGGUAAGUUUUAGUUGAAUUAUCACCCACAGUGAUAUUUUACUUGCAGAUUUCAAAAAAAUAGCUACAUGGGGCAGCGAUCCCAAGCCUUUUGACGCAAAUCGGUACUAUAAAAAUUCAUGGAGAGGUUACAUAAUUUUUACAACCAAGAAAAACUUGUAAUUCCGGCUUGCAGGCUCACAAAAAAAACUAGGAAUAAUGCUUUUUUUAAGAUGCUGGAGUAACGGACACUUUACCGGAGAAAUUCGAAGCGCCUGAAAAUUCGAAGCUCAUGAUGAAGAGAAAGAACAAAAUGGCCAAAAAAGGUGAGUAUAUCGAUCUUUUUUAACUUUACUUUUUCCCCUAUUUUUGAUAAUUAAACUUUCGAUUGUUUUUAGACGAAUCGGAAGAGGCUCAAAGCAACACAAGCAAUGAAGAAAAGACAGUUUUGGCAGACAAAUGGCAACCUUUUUACGAAAAUUUGGCAGGAAAAAUUUGCUCAAGUAGGGAUUUGGAAAUGUUCCAUUACAUAGAAACAAUCAAGACGAAUGCUUUUCCAGAUUCUGCGACACCGGAAGCAUCUGAGCAUCCUUUCAAAAAGCCAUUAUUUCCACUGAUUAAGAGUAAGACUUUGCUAGAAAUUGUCUAGAAACUUUUUCAAAGUUUAGUAGCCAAUUUCUUCUAGCUGGUUCAACAGUUCGAAAUAAUAUUUUCAGAGAGAUCUGUAGUCAAUUCGAAAAACUCUCUCAGAAAAUUUAAUUUUGAUGAGCCCUCGAGCCGUUUUGGUAGGCUUUUGUUCAGAAUAACUUGAAUGCUAACCGUUUAAUUGAAGAUUUCAAAAGGAUGAGGACCGUGGAGAAGAGCAUCGGACUUUCUGACAUGUCUUAUUAUCCUAACUUCUCGUCUGGAGGUCGGUAGAUUUUUUUUCUUCAAAAAUUAACGCAGAGAUCUAGAAAAAAAGUACACGUGAUAUUUUUUUCAGUUUUAAGAAAGAUUAUAUAAUUGAUUCCUACUAAAAGUUUCAAACGAUAAAAAAUUAAAUUUGAGAUGGAAAAGUUGUCGAAAACUGCCUAAAGAAGCUCGGAGCGGCCGAACAGUUUGAACCAGUGACGAAAAAAACAAGAAGCUGCAACGAAAAUAGCUAGAGAAGGUUAUAAGUUUAAAAAUUUUCAUAUGCGCUUUUUUCGAUUUCACCUAUUCUGUUCAAAUCAAUAAAAAAUUUCAAAAAUCAUUUUUUUCGCAGAAGAACCCGCGAUGGUUCACGGCAACAACCCAGGCAAUGAAGAAAAAGAGCUUUAUGAAGAAUCUUCGCGACCUUUCGAGGAAAAAACUGCCAAGAACUACUUAUUGGGUGAGUUUUUCAUACAAUCAUCCCCGGUAAAAAUGAUCAAGCGACUAUGAGAGUUUUCAGGUGGUUUGAAGGCAGAAGAAUCGGAGCCUGAUUUCCAAAAAGCAAUGAACCCACAUUUUCGAAGUGAUUGCGAUUCGAAAGCUCCUUUCAAGCCACUGGAAAUCAGAAUGUCUUGGUGCACUUUUGGUAUGUCUUCUGUUAGGCUUAUUUACACAAUAUCCAUCUUUUUUUGCAGAUUUAAAGAAGAUUGCAAUCUUGGAGAACGGCCCCAAUUCUUCUGGAAUGUCUUGUCAUGAAAAGUUUUUAUCGGGUUGGUAGACUUUUUUAAAAGGAAAAAUCGAAAAAAAAAUUGCUUCCUAUCCAGACAGGUCUGAGAAAGUCAAAAAUAGCCAUUUUCUGAGUAAUGAACCUUAUUUUUUUCGAGAUAACAAAGCCGUUGAAAAAUUGUGAAUGGAACUAGUGGCUCCCGAGAAAUCGAAGUUCAUAAUAAGAUUACAAUGAAUUCAAACGGAUAUAGCUAAAAAGACUCAGUCGUUCGGAACUCUUCAACGCCAUUUUUGUGUCGUCAUCUCGAUUCAAAGAAUUUUGCAGGCAAAACCAGAAAUGCUCAACACAACGACGCACGUGAAGAAGAUGAAGACAGUUAUGGAGGAAAAAACAUCGAGUAA